GCUUUAGUCGGUAUAUUAUCGUUUAGGGUAGUUGUUGCAACUUAAAUCAUAUUCAGUUCUGACGUAAACGAGAUAAAUCAAGCUCAAAGUUCAUGCCUGCUGUCAGAUCCUCGUGUUUUAAAGAGGAAUACUGCCGCAUUUUUACCUCUAACCCUACUUGUUGGCCUUUGAUGGAGACUAAUGUUAGCCUUUAGCUAAUAUUAGCUACUAUAAUACAUCAACAGGAAGUAACGGCGGACAGACUAAACUCCAAUGUCUUGCACUUUGAGUUCCCCAGGCAUGAACUUUACCUUAGAUAAAGUUCUGGCAGAUGCCAAAUCAUUAGUGGAGCGGCUUCGUAACCAUGACAACGCAGCUGAGAUGUUAAUUGAACAGACAACGUCGCUUAACAAGCGUGUGGAGGCCAUGCAACAGUACCAGGAGGAGAUUGACACAUUAAACCAGGUAGCGCGACAUCGUCCUCGUUCUAGUCUGGUCCUAGGAAUCCAACAGGAAAACCGUCAGAUCAGAGAUCUCCAGCAGGAAAACAAAGAGCUACGAACGUCAUUGGAUGAACACCAGUCUGCGUUAGAGCUCAUCAUGACCAAAUACAGGGAGCAGGUGUUCAGGCUCCUCAUGGCCAGCAAGAGAGACGACCCCACCAUCGUGACACAGCUGAAGGAGCAGCACUCCACGGAAAUGCAAGCACACAUAGACAAGAUCAGUGAGAUGGCUUCCGUGAUGAGGAAGGCGAUCGAGGUGGAUGAGGGACGAAUAUGUGAAGACGAGGAGAGGAUUAAACAGCUAGAGCUGGAGAACAGCGGCCUCCGAGAGCUGCUGGGAAUCAGUCGCGAGGCUUUCCUGGUUCUGAAGAGAGACGACGUAUCAGAGAACACGUCACUGUCGCCGUUGUUGACCAGCGCCGACAUCAGCCUACGGAAGAAUUAGGGAGCCCCAUGGCGACCGCUCCCUCCCCCCAUGCUGCUGCUGCCACUAUUGUGUACAGUGUCUUGCCACAUACAGCUUCUUCUUUUGCCCUCUACACAUUCUGUAUACUCUCCUUUCUCCUGGAGCAUUUAUGGCGUGGUGCUGCAGAGACAACAGGCCGUGGGAAAGAUCUGUCUCAUUCUUUGUUUUUCGGUACUAUGUGUGAUCAUUUAGCCAGCAUGCAUGAGACUGUGGUGCCUGCAAGGUUUUAAUGUAUGAAUGGGUAAAAGAAGGGCUUGAGUUGAAAUAAAUCCAAAAAACAA